AGGAAAGUUUAGAAUUGGAGGGUAGAAGUGCGGAGGAGCUGCGGUUCACGCACACGUGCUCUGACAUGAGGCACAGGCGUCCCCUGCAUCCUAAGCAUAUGAUCACUGGGUGUUGUAUAGGUCUCCAGCCGCCAUUGUACUGAUCAGGAUUGAAGAGUCCGGAGCCGUAGAAGUAAUGAUGGAAGACACGAGGGAUCCAGCGACAAGUGAUCCAGAUAUUUACGCCAUGGAAGAAGACAGAGCAGCACGCGUGAUCCAGAGGGCCUUCCGCAGACUUCUAGACGUAAAUGUUUUCAGCUAUUUUAAAAAUCUUCUCAGCUUUAAAGGCCAAGGGGAUCCAAAACUUUUGCUGAAGUGCAUUAAUCCCAGAGAGGCAGGACUUAUUGAUGCGGCCGCUGGAGUACACGUCAGGUUCAGACUAGGAGGGACAAAAUUUCCACCCAACAUAUAUUACAAGCUGUUUACUCACCGGCCGAUCGUGGAUAUGUGUGCCAACAGCCCCAAGGAUUACACCAAGCAGUCUGUGAAACAACCGCUGCCAAGACAAGUCCACAAUCAUGGGGUGUUCCCUGAAGAAGAACGCAGAGGCUGGUACACUAGAGUGGAGAACAAUGGCUGGAGGCUUCUGGCCGUCAGGCUCCCGGACGGUUUAGAUGAAGUGACUGCGGCGGAUAAGAAGAAGAGGUCACCCUUCAGCCACAGCAAACUGCAGAGGAAGCAGGAGGUUUCACAGAAGCAGAAGCAAAGGAAAAUUGAGUGGAUGAGAAAGAUGUAUUAUGAAGGAAGUUUACGCGCCCGGACUACAGAACCCAGCACAGCCGUUCUGGUCCAGCGAGCCACUGAGGGAGUCCUCCAGUCUGUGGAGCAGCGCGGUCCUCGAGCUGUCCUGGACUGGGAGGUGGACGAACUGCUCAACUGGACUAAUGCCCUGAACUAUGAGGAGUAUAUUAACAGCUGGAAGGCAAUAGGAACAAGUAAAUCGUCCUGCGCCUUCACAGGAACAACGCUUGUCCGCUCUCCAUACGAUCUGUACGAGUUCUCACAGCUCUCCUCGCUGAACUCCUUGUCACUGACCACCAGUGAAGAAGAGGCAGAAUGACAUCGGGGAUCCUGAAUGUGA